GAAGACUGCCCACCAACAGACAAGGGAGAGUCAAGAGCGGAGAGAGAGAGGAGCACAGGACACAGCUGACGGACAAGAGGCACGUUGGAGAUCAGAGCGGUACAUAGGAGAGGCAAUCACUGGUAGAGGGGCACGGAACACAGCCAACAGGACGACAGGAGCCGGACAACAGACAGGGGCACAUAGAAGCCAAGCCAAGAGCCAACAGAGAGGCAUAGGAGACCAACUGGUCAUCCAACAGACAGGAGAAUCCAGCCAGACCAGACAGGAGAGGCAAGAUGCUGGAGGCCGGUCCGAGGAAGGUGCCCAGGUGGCCGCAGUGGAGGCAGCUGCUGGUCUCCUCGCCGUGGUUACUGCUGAUGCUGGUGGUGCUGGUGGUGCUGAUGCUGCCGGGCUCCGCUGAUGCCAAGCGCGCACCCAAGAUCCCCAGGUGUCCGCAAACCUGCUCCUGCACCAAGGACAGCGCCUUCUGCGUGGACACCAAGGCCAUCCCCAAGAGCUUCCCCCCGGGCAUCAUCUCCCUGACGAUGGUGAAUGCUGGCUUUAGUACAAUUCCUGAAGGAGCCUUCUCUCACCUGCACCUGCUCCAGUUCCUAUUGUUGAACUCAAACACCUUCACCGUGAUUUCUGAUGAUGCCUUUGCCGGUCUGUCCCAUCUGCAGUAUCUGUUCAUUGAGAAUAAUGACAUCCAGUCCCUCUCCAAGCACACGUUCAGAGGACUGAAAUCCCUCACACAUUUAUCCUUGUCCAAUAACAACCUGCAGGGUCUUCCCCGGGAGCUCUUCAAGCAUCUUGAUAUCCUUACAGACUUAGACCUGCGUGGCAAUGCCUUCCGCUGCGACUGCAAGAUCAAGUGGCUGGUGGACUGGAUGGAGAAGACCAACACCUCGGUGCCCGCCAUAUACUGCGCCAGCCCCUUCGAGUUCCAGGGCCGACGCGUACACGACCUCACGCCACGGGACUUCAACUGCAUCAGUGCAGAUUUCGCUGUGUACGAGACCUUCCCUUUCCAGUCGCUGUCGGUGGAGUCGUAUGAGUUUGGCGGAGACGAGUACGUGGUGUUUGCCCAGCCCAACACGGGCAUCUGCACCGUCUUUAUAUGGGACCACGUGGAGAUGAUGUUCAGGAAGUAUCACAACAUCACCUCCCGAUCUGCAGUCUAUUGCAAACCUGUGGUUAUCAACAACACCCUCUAUAUGGUGGUGGCACAACUCUUUGGAGGAUCCCACAUAUACAAAUGGGAAGAAGGUCCUCUACGGUUCGUGAAGAUCCAAGACAUCGACACGACGCGCGUGCGCAAACCCAACUUCGUGGAGACGUUCCAGAUUGAGGGCGACUGGUACUUUGCGGUGGUGGACAGCUCCAAGGCCGGCUCUACCAGCAUCUACCGAUGGAACAGCAAUGGCUUCUACUCCCACCAGUCGCUGCACCCAUGGCACCGAGACACGCACGUGGAGUUCCUAGAGGUGGAGGGCAAGCCGCGGCUAAUCCUGUCCAGCGCGUCGCAGCCCCCGGUGGUGUACCAGUGGAACCGCAGCCAACGCCAGUUCGCCUUCUUCUCGCAGAUCGCAGACACAGCGGAUGUGCAGAUGGUGAAGCACUUCUGGAUCCGCAAGGUGCUGUACCUGUGCCUGACGCGCUUCAUCGGCGACUCUAAGAUCCUGCGCUGGGAGGGACCCCAGCGCUUCGUGGAGAUUCAGACGCUGCCGUCACGGGGCUCCAUGGCCGUGUACCCCUUCGCCGUGGGCCAGAGGCAGUACCUGCUGCUGGGCAGCGACUACUCCUUCUCCCGGGUCUACCUGUGGGACGACCUGACACAGCGCUACCAGCCCUUCCAGGAGCUGAACCUGCUGGCCCCGCGAGGCUUCAGCCUCAUCUCCGUGGACAACAAGGAUAUACUAUUGGCCGCAAGCUUCAAGGGGAAGACCCUGGCCUACCAGCACCUGGUGGUGGACCUCAGCGCCAAAUAAUUAAUCCAUAAUGAUAAUCAAUAAUAGAUGUAUGAGGUUCAUUAUGUCUUAAAGUUAUAUCCAGGGGUGUAGUGGGCAUGGUACGCGGGGGUACGCAAAAAAA